AUGUCUUGGCCGCUGACGUGGUCAUUGUGGGAGCAGGUAAGGGCAACCCCUCAGCACAGACGCCAACCCCUUGGCCCCGCCUUCCCAGGCAUCGUGGGCCUCUUCGCUGCCCAGGAGCUCCUCCGAAACCAGCUGAGUGUGUUGCUACUCGAGCGGAAGGGCCUCUGCGCAGGCGCCACCGGCGCAGGUCAGGGCUACCUUUGGAUGGCCCACCGCGCGCCGGGCAGUGUGGGAUGGGCGCUGGCGGCACGGAGCCUGGCGCUAUGGCGGCGAAGGGUUCAGGCGGAUGAGGGCCUGCGUGAAGCUAUUGAAUGGCAGGACUGCGGUUCCUUGUUGGUGUCCACUGGCCCCGGGGAGAACACCGCGCUGUCGGAGAGGCAGUUGGCGCUCAACGCGGUGGGCCUCAAGGCCAGCUACCUGGACCCGCGCAGACUGGCGCAAAUAGAGCCCGGGCUGGUGCCGCCGGGGGGAGGGGGGGGCCUGCUGGUGCAGUCCGACCUGCAGAUUAACGGCCGUGCCGCAGCCCACACGUUGUUGCAACGGUGCCGUGCGGAUCCUGGUUUCGGAGACCUGAUGGGGCCGGAGGGGGAGGUGCUGGGACUGGAGCUGUCGGCUGGACCAAGCGGUGGGCACGUCGUCAAGACGUCGGGGCGCAGGAUCCAUGCUCGGCACGCGCUGGUGCUCUCCGCGGGUGUGUGGACGGGCGGCCUGCUGUCCGCGGCCACCGGGGAUCCCGUGUGGGCGCAGCUGCUGCAGCCCCGGAGGGGACAUCUGCUAGAGAUGCCGCGACCGGCAGCCAUGCCGCCGGUGACGCAUGGCAUGAUGGAGAUGUCGUACACGAAGCACUACGCCACGGCCUCGGCACCCAAGGCUGCUGCACCAGCUGCUUCCUCCCCUUCCUCCUCCGCCUCCUCCUCGUCAUCCGCCUCUCCUCGCGAGCCGGCGGACAUCACAUUCACGGCCACCACCGGCGCAAGUGGCAGCCUCCUCAUUGGCAGCAGCCGGGAGUCUGGCGAGUGGGACACCUCGCCAUCCCCAGCAAUCAUCGCGGCCAUAUUGCAGCGUUCAGCGCUUUUCCUGCCGGGGCUCAAAGACGCCGCGGCAGCCGCCACAGCAGCGGCGGCGGCCGUUGCCGACGGGAAGCCGGACGACAGCGCCGGCGGCGGCGCUUUGGCGGGGCUAUCGGUCCGAGUCGGGCUUAGGCCGUACGCUUUGGGCGGGCUGCCGCUGAUCGGUCCGGUGGAGGGGGCUCCAGGUCUUUUCGUCGCAGCCGGCCACGAGGGAUCCGGGCUAUGCAUGGCCCCAGGCACUGGCGAGCUGCUUGUACGGCAUAUCCGUACAUACAUGGGCGUUUCCGGACUAGACACAGCCAGCUUCCAGGAUCUUCGGCCUGACGUGCGCCGUCGAGCGGUGCCUUCCAUGACGGUUAAGGCUUGA